UUCUGAAAAUGGGCGAUUUUGGCGAGUGGUAUCGGUCAAUACCGCUAAUUACUAGAUAUUGGUUUACUGGAGCAACAGUUAUUCCCUUAAUGGGGCGUUUUGGAUUAUUUAGUCCGUAUUUGAUGUUGCUGGACUUUGAAUUACCGAUAACUGCACUAUUUUAUUACCCAGUUACUCCACAGACAGGAUUUCAUUGGCUUUUGAUGUGUUAUUUUCUUUAUAAUUACUCAAAAGAUACGGAAACUUCAGUUUAUGAUGGAAGGCCUGCAGACUAUUUAUUUAUGUUAAUAUUUAAUUGGAUUUGCUGUGUGAUAAUCUGUUUUGUCUCAGAAAUUUAUUUUUUAUUGGAACCAAUGGUUUUGAGUGUACUCUAUGUUUGGUGCCAAUUUAAUAAAGACCGAACAGUUUCUUUUUGGUUUGGAAUGCAAUUUAAGGCUGUUUAUUUACCUUGGGUUCUUGUAGCUUUUAAUAUGGUUCUUAGAGGGGGAGGAAUUAAUGAACUUAUUGGAAUUCUUGUUGGUCAUACUUAUUACUUUCUUGCCUUUCAAUAUGCUUUGGAUUAUGGAGGUUCAGUGAUUAUUAAGACGCCACAAUUUUUGUUAAUAGUGGGUAAUUUGUUAUCCAUUAUUUUUAGACAAAACUAUAGCUUAUUUAUUUUGAAUAAACGGCCACAUGCUAAACCUCUUUAUUCAACUCAUAGAAAAACAAACUUUUUUGGGUUCAAUAUCAUUAGAGAAUGUCGCCAUCCAAUUAAAACCUCAGAUCUCAACGAGUUACCAUCUUAUCUUUAUUCUUUUUUACAUUUCCAUUGACUUUUAUUUUGUAAUUUAUUCGGUUGUUCACAUAUCCUUGGUUGGUUAAGUUGGAUAAUUUAAUUUUGUUGAUAUUUAAAUUCGAUAUUGGUUCGGCCCUUUCACCGAAAAGAUUUUUAAAAAUGCA